CACGCGUAAAGAGUUUCCAGAAGCGGGAUCCACGCGGCUAUGGACAGAAUGAUGAACUUGAACGGAAGCGCAGCGGACAUUUUUCACAAAACUCUCAGCGCAGUGUCCACCAAAAAGAUGGACCCUUUCAGGUCGUCGGCCGGUAUUGAACUCCCAGCCAGAGACCGUCAGUCGCCCAUCAGCUGCUUUGACCAGGCCGACCAGGACCCGAUCCAGCCAGGAGGACUGGCAGGAGGUAGAGGGGGAGCGCUCGGUCUGCCCACCGGAUCUUUGUGCGUCAAGUACGGCGAGAGCGCCAACAGGACAUCGGUGGCGGAGAGCAGCGGUGGAGAGAGUCCUGACGAUGACAGCGACGGCAGGUGCGACAUGGUGCUUUUGGCCGACGGGCGGACGGUGCCCGCGGGAAAAGGCGAAGGAGGUAAGAAAACCAAAGAGCAGAAAAUACUGAGGCUAAACAUCAAUGCCAGGGAGAGACGGCGGAUGCACGAUCUGAACGACGCGCUGGAUGAGCUCAGAGGGGUCAUCCCUUACGCGCACAGUCCGUCGGUGCGGAAACUCUCCAAAAUCGCCACUUUGCUGCUCGCGAAAAACUACAUCCUCAUGCAGGCACAGGCCCUGGAAGAAAUGAGACGGCUGGUGGCGUAUCUCAACCAGGGCCAGGCCAUCUCUGCUGCCUCCAUACCGGCCACCACUGCCCUCGCUAACCCCGGCCUGGGCGCAUUCGAUGGUCCGCCCGGAUACCCCUUUCCCCCUGGGGUGAGCGCGUCCUCCUGCCCCGAUAAAUGUGCCCUGUUCAACAACGCCAGCUCCAGCCUCUGCAAACAGUGCACUGACAAGCCUUAACUGCGGCUCCCACAGACUCACAAAGAAGCACAGGAGGGAAGACACACCACUUUUAAGAACACUUUUGGAGAGGAGAACCUGCGAGGCUGCUGUUGUCCAAGUCAGUAGGCUAGAGACAAAGAAGUAAAGCCGAUGAAUACUUUUAUAAUAUUUACUAAAUGCAUUCAAACGCGCUUUUUUUUUUGUUCAAACAAUACUUGAUUGUGUAUAUAAAUCAUCCUUAAAGUGCUGGUAUGAAUGACAGAAGACCAAACAGAAGUUCAGUAGGCCUGUGAGUGAGAGAGUUGUUGAUCACUUGCUCUGUUUGGACCUUUUUGGAGAUUUGGGUGACCUGACAACCUGCGACUUUUUCUCCUUCCAUCCUCACUUUCUGCUGCUUCUCCUUAAUUCAUUUCUUUGCAGUUUUUCUUUCAUUUACAUCAGAGACUCUUCGCUGUACUUCCUGGUGAAAGGCCUGUUUUUCAUGAACUUUUCGACUGAGCACGUGGAAUGUCAGAAGUUAAAUGAAACGGAUGAUUAAAUCAGAUCGAUCUUUAAGUGCGAGUUCAGACUCUUGGUGAGAGUUACGCACAGAUAUUAGAAGUCUUUUAUUGGGGCACUGUGAUACAAUACAAUUUAAGGAAAAUUUGAGAACCUGAAUCAAGGUUAAUCAGCUGAUUAGAUGUCUUUUGUAAUUUAUGAAUUUGGAUAUUUAUGUGGAAUAUUUCGCUUGCAUUGCACAUUGUAGUCUUUUUCUCAGUUGCUGUAUCUUUUGCGUUUUUUCUGCUCUCAUGAAAUGAUCGAGGUCUUCAGAUAAAUCGCGUUGUCAGGUCAAGCUGUGGAUUAUUUGUAGAUACUUUAGUUAUUAUAUGAGCAA